CGUUUGCAGAGUUUGGCGCGAGAUGAUUACAAACUACUUACUGGGUGUAAACGCGGAUUUGGAUAUACAACCUUUCUUUUUUGGGAAACUGCUGCUAAAACUGGAGUAUGGUUGCAGAUUGCUGUUUUCAUAGAGCAGAGCUGAAAAAGUCCCUAAACGAUGUCAGCGGUGGAAACUACAGUGUCCAGUGUGCCUCUCCCUCUUCCAGCCCACUUCUCCCACGCAGAGCAGUCCUUCUCCCUAAAAAAGCGCAGAUUCCCAUUUUCUUCAUCAUCUGGCUUCAACUCCUCUUGCUCUUCCCCUGCUCGACUUUCACAUUCUGUUGCUCCUCUACCACCAUCUAAGGGAUGUUCCUCUGUGAGCAGGAUGUUCCCUUACCAACAAUCUCCUUGGAUCCCACUUUCUGAUUCCCUGAGGGAAUCUUACCCUCUGAAUUCUUUAUAUGAUUCUAAAAAACAUCAGUCGUAUUUUAGCCAGUGCUUCACUAAUUUGGGUCUCCUGGGUAGAGGGUCAUUUGGAGAAGUCUUCAAGGUGCAAAGCAACAAAGAUGGUCACCUGUAUGCAGUCAAGCGCUCAGCUCAUCGCUUCAGGGGUAACAGAGAGAGGAACCAAAGUGUGAGGGAAGCCAGGAACCACGAGCACAUUUGUCCUCAUCCUCAAAUGGGCUGGAGGGGUCGCUGUAUAUUCUGACAGUCCGUAAGAUGUAGCACCACAUGACUACUUGACCCUCAGAGCACUGAAUGCACUUUGCACCUCUCAAGCAUUUGUGCACCUUGACUCUCAACCCGCUUUGUGCACCUGGAUCUCAAACCCGCUAAUGUCCUCAUCACUGCCUCCGGCCGACUCAAGCUGGGGGACUUCGGGCUGCUGCUGGAGCUCAAUCAAAUGAGUACAGAACCCACACAGGGAAGAGGUAAGGAGGAUGCCCAGGAGGGCGAUCCGAGAUAUAUGGCUCCUGAGCUGCUACGCGGAGAAUAUGGACCUGCUGCAGACGUUUUCAGUUUAGGCAUUUCUCUUCUGGAGCUUGCCUGUAAUAUGGAGGUUCCAAAUGGUGGUGAGGGAUGGCAGCAACUCCGACAGGGCCAUCUUCCUUCAGAGUUCACCAAUUGUCUUUCUCCUGAGCUGCAGUCAGUCCUGCGGAUGAUGCUUGCCCCAGAACCGUCUGAGAGAGCAACAGUCACUGAACUUCUUGCCCUCCCCUCAGUCCGGAAACACAGAUGGAAAAGACGCAUGUAUCUCUUGGUUGCUGAGACCGUGCUGACUCUGGCCUCCUUGUGCCAGUUGGUGGUGUGCUUUGGGUCCAAAGUCCUCUCUUUCUUUCCCUUGCCCAUGCUGCCCCGCUGGACAAAGCCAGAGCCUUGCACUCCUCCUAAGGACAGCUGGGAAGGAGAUUUAACACUCUCCCUCAGUACUGCCGACCCAGAGAGUCCAGAGGACGAUGCAGUGUUUCUGCAUCAGACAGAUCCAGAGUUUUCCCCCAGCUUUACAUGCAGGGUUAAAUCCAGGCUCACUGGGGAAAGCACAUCAACUCCUAACCCACACAUGCCCAUAUGUGAACUUUUCCCCCCCUCCAGUAUCCAUACAAAUAGUUCCUUCCACACACUCACACCUAGCGCAAGCCCCAUAUAUUCCGAACAUCACACAGGCUCUUCAUCUGCCAAGUCCUCAGAGAAAUGUGGUCGCAACUGGGUGCAACUCGAACAGGAUGAACCCCGAUCCAACUUUGAGCCAAAGAACCUGCUUAGUCUGUUCGAAGAAACAAUUGAGGGCUAGCCAUGAGUAUAAGACUGUCAUUUUACCUUCAUGGACAAAUUUAAAAUGUCAGGUAAAGGGAACCUCAUGUAAGAAGUUUACUACAACCCAGUAUUUAUAUUAACUGUUUUCUGUUCUUUUGUGACAGUCCUAUGACAGCUUCUUUUAAUGGGUUUUUGAAAAGGAAUGGAUUUAGUGAGGUUUGAAUAUGUAAUCAUACCUUAUUGCACUUUUUAUGCUUGUAUUCUGUUGCUGAAUUGAUAUGUAUUGAUUUAUUUUUGAAUAUCUUAUCAGCAGCAUACUAAAGUUAUUAAUUUGCGUUAUGAGUUACCAAAGAAAGAAGACAGCGAAAAAAGAAUUUAAACAGGUUGUGACUAUAAAGAAUGUCAAAAGAAUUUAAACAGAUUGUGACUAUAAAGAAUGUCAAAACACAGUUUUACUGUUGUAUUUUGUUUUCUGUGUUCACGUUUAUUCAAUGUUUGGUGUUAUUGUGACAGAAUACUAGGGUUUAAAUCCCCAAAAACUUGCAUCUAAACCGACAGAAUGAUAUUGUUUUCUUACCACUAGAUGCCAGCAACGUACAGCGUGCUAUAUAGAAAAGGACCCAUAAAACCUUUAACUGUCUGAGUCAAGUGUGGAGAUUUGUUUUCUUAAGCCACUUUUGACACCACAUCCAAACAUAAAAGGUGCUCAACUGAUGGGAAUGUUGUGGUUAAAUGUGAUUAAGCACUGAUUGUAGAAACCGUGUAGCUCGAGCGUGAACUGCCUCAGAUUAUUUAAUUAAUUUACAAAGAA